GGGGAGCGGAGAAGCCCGGAGCUCGGGGCUCAGUCGGGGGGCGGCGGCGGCGGCGGCUCCGGGGAUGGCGGCGGCUCCGCUGCUGCUGCUGCUGCUGCUCGUGCCCGUGCCGCUGCUGCCGCUGCUGGCCCAGGGACCCGGGGGGGCUCUGGGAAACCGGCAUGCGGUGUACUGGAACAGCUCCAACCAGCACCUGCGGCGAGAGGGCUACACCGUGCAAGUGAACGUAAACGAUUAUCUGGAUAUUUAUUGCCCACACUACAACAGUUCUGGAGUGGGCCCUGGGGCAGGACCAGGCCCCGGAGGCGGGGCGGAGCAGUACGUGCUGUAUAUGGUGAGCUGGGCGGGUUACCGCACCUGCAACGCCAGCCAAGGCUUCAAGCGCUGGGAGUGCAAUCGACCGCACGCCCCCCACAGCCCGAUCAAGUUCUCGGAGAAAUUCCAGCGCUACAGCGCCUUCUCGUUGGGCUACGAGUUCCACGCCGGCCACGAGUACUACUACAUCUCCACGCCAACCCACAACCUGCACUGGAAGUGCUUGAGGAUGAAGGUGUUCGUCUGCUGCGCCUCCACAUCGUAUUCCGGGGAGAAGCCGGUCCCCACUCUCCCCCAGUUCACCAUGGGCCCCAAUGUGAAGAUCAACGUGCUGGAGGACUUUGAGGGUGAGAACCCCCAGGUGCCCAAGCUGGAGAAGAGCAUCAGCGGGACCAGUCCCAAGCGGGAACACCUGCCCCUGGCCAUUGGCAUCGCCUUCUUCCUCAUGACUCUCUUGGCCUCCUAGCUCUGCCCCCUCCCUGGGUAGGGAGAGAUGGGGCGGGGCUGGGAUGGAACACGGAGCUUUUGGCCCCUUUAAAUGACGCUGUGGGGCCUACGCCCCAUCCCGAUGGCUGGAAGUGGGGUCUGCACCAUACAUGUGUGCCUGCUCCUUCUUUCCUCUCCCUCUAGGCAGGCACAGUGGUGGACCAGAUGCAGGGACAGCCACAGGUUCCAGGUGGCCUUGUGGCUCUGGUAAUGUUUGGUACCAAAUAGAGGGGUCAUAAAGGGCAGUGCUCAGGACUCCCUGCCCCCUGGUACUUUUCCCUGCUCCCUGGUAUCCUCCCCCUUCUGUCCUAUCAGAAAGACAACUAUGCCCCAGAGAGAGUAUAUGGAAGCGUGGGAGGCACCCUCACUCUCUCCUCCAGGGACGCAACAUGGGGAGGGGACUAGAUGGGUGAGGGGGUAGCACCGCCUGCUGCCCCCUCCCCCCGUUUACAGCAAUAAGCACGUCCUCCUCCCCCCACCCCACUUCCAUCCCCAGGAUUGUGGUUUGGAUUGAAUCCAAGUUUACAAGUAGACACCCUGGGGGGCAGGCAGUGAACAAGGGUGGCAAGGGGUGGGCUUUGGGGUGCCAGGCAGGCAUGUACAGACUCUAUAUCUCUAUAUAUAAUGUACAGACAGACUGAAUCCCUCCCCUCCUUAACCUCCUGACCUCCCUUGACUUCCCCUUUAAGCUUCAGACCCCUUUCCCACCAGGCUAGGCCCCCCCGGGGGAUCCCCUGGCCCCUCUUUUGUCUUCUGUGAAGACAGGACCUAUGCAACGCACAGACACUUUUGGAGACAGUGAGACAGCAACGACCCCUCCCCUCCAGCCCUGAGCCAAACCCGACUCCCAGGACCCUGUCCUGCCAACCCAUCCUCCUGGGCCUUUUUCAAGUGCUUUGGCUGUGACUUUCAUACUCUGCUCUUAGUCUAAAAAAAAAAUAAACUGGAGAUAAAAAUAA